AUGGCUUCUGCCCUGCCCGUGCCUGAGUCCCACUCUUAUAGUCCUCGCUGCCUGCUCGGAAACUCCCCGGAGAGGGAAGGUUACAACAGGGAGACAACUACUGACGUCGGGGUUCGUCAGCUGCGGGUUUGCACAACCCUGAGUGGGGACAGGCCACCUUCCUCCGCUGAAACUCCGGAAAACCCUUCCCGGCCCCGAGGAGCAGCCAGGGAAGGAUGCGGGGGCAGGUCCCAAACCUCGUUCGGACCGUGCGUCUGGGGAGGACACUGCCCCCGGCAUCCGCAGCACCGGGAGAAGACGGUGACUCCUGCAUUCCCAGCUCCGGGGGAGGACACUGACCGCAGCACCCCCGUCAUUCACAGCGAGCAUCCCCUGCAGAGCCCCGUCGAGAGCGAAAAGACUUUGCCCUCGAUCCCGCCUCCGGCCCCUGCGCCCCGGCUCCGCGCACGCCGGGGGCGGCCCCACUCGGUGCCCGCCCGGGGCGGGCGGUGCCGCGGCCCGGGGGUCCCAUGGCGGCGGCGCGGGGCUGGCCGCGGAAGCUGGCGGCUGUUGCAGGGGCGGUGCCCGGCGGGGGUGGCCCGGGACGAGAACCGGGACCGGUCCCAGAAACAGCCGCUCCCGCCACAGCCGCGCUCUACGUGCACUGGCCCUACUGUCGCAAGCGCUGCUCCUACUGAAACUUCAACACGUACGUGGUGCCGGCGGUGGACGAGGCGGCCGUGCGCGCCUGCCUGGUGCGGAAGGCACAGACCCUGCUCCGCCUCAGCCAGGUGCACAGGUGGGUGUACAGGGUGGGCUCAUGGGGAGUGCUGGGCCCUUCCGUGCCCACCUGCAGUUUCCCAUCCUCUGCCCUACAGUGUCACCUCUGUCUUCUUCGGUGGGGGCACCCCCAGCCUGGCCAGCCCCAGCACUGUUGCGGCAGUGUUGGAGGCUGUGGCGGGGGCUGCCCACCUUCCGGCUGGUGCUGAGGUGACGCUGGAGGUCAACCCCAGCUCCACCAGCGCAUCUCCCCUUGCCGGCUUCAGGGCAGCUGGGGUCAAUCGCCUCUCCAUCGGCGUCCAGUCGCUGGAUGACGUCGAGCUGAGGAUGCUGGGCCGGGAGCACACAGCGGCAGAGGCACGGAAGGCUGUGGAAGCAGCGCAGGGGCUCUUUCCUGGCCGAACCUCCAUCGACCUCCUGUUUGGGCUGCCGGGACAGAGCCGGGACGCCUGGGCCCAGCGGCUGGAGGAGACCCUGAGGCUCUGUGACGACCACAUCUCCCUGUACCAGCUGAUGCUGGAGCGGGGCACGGCACUGGCAGCACAGGUCAGGGGUGGAGUGCUGCCCGCACCCCCCCAGGAUCUGCUGGCUGACAUGUACCAGACUGCCCGGAAUGUACUGGUUGCCACUGGCUUCCGCCAUUAAGAGGUCUCCAAUUUUGCACGGAAGGGUGCCCUCAGCACCCACAACCUCUCAUACUGGCAGGCUGACCAGUACAUCAGCGUGGGGCCAGCUCUCCAUGUCCCCACAGGCUGGAGGAGCUGCUCACCCUAGGACUAAGCACGGAUGAAGGCAUCACACACGAGCGCUGGGGGCACUUCUCCCGCCAGCUCAGCCUGCAGGCUGUGUUCGGGGAGCCAGGGGAGGCUCGGGCACUGCAGCAGGAGGGAUGGCUUGUCCUGGACAGUGGGUGAGCCCCAGGGAGCUGUGGGCAGGGCCGGGGGUCUUCCUGCGCCACCGGGUCUCACCACCACCUCUUUCCCAGUGGCCUGCGGUGCACCUGGGCCGGCCUGGCCGUGCUGGACUCACUGCUGCCCGACCUGCUCUGGCAGCUGCA